CUUACAAGCAUCUCGGGGAGGAGAAGGACUUUCCCCUCCACGGCUCUUCUCCGGAGGAAUAACGCAGCGACUGCAGCCUUCAAAGCUUGAACACGUUCUGUAAGAAACAGGUUUUUUACUUUUUGCAUUUUUCCGCUUUGGACGAAGUUCUGCAUGGAAACUAAUGAUAUCUGAGCCGCAGAGAGAGGAGGUUCCACUGACAUCUUAAAGGUUUGAUCCAGAAAGGAAAAAGCAAGUUCCUGAGGCAACUUUGCAGUGAAAACAGGACACAGACAAGGGAUAGUUUUUAGAUUAUGGCGCUGAAGGCCAGAGUGCUGUACGACUUCCACUCUGAAAACCCAGGGGAGAUCUCCAUAACAGAGAAUGAGCUGGUGACUCUGUUCAGCGAGGAGGAGCUGGAUGGCUGGCUGGAGGGGGAGAACAGCAGGGGGGAGGCAGGCCUCUUCCCUGCCUCUUAUGUGGAGAUCCUCAGAGACCACAUCACCUCCAACACCAACAACAAUGGCGUCCCCUCACGCAAAACCAAAGCCCUGCCACCCACCCAGACCUCCUUCACGUCCUCUGACUCCCAGUCCCAGAGGGGCCCUGAGGCCGGCAGCGUCGGCAGCGGUGGGGGCAGCUUCCACACCAGCCAGGGCAGUGAUGACGACUGGGACGACGACUGGGAUGACAGCUCCCCAGCGACAGACGCGCCUCAGGGUCUGGGCAGCUCGCCCCCCCUGUACGCGGUGACCACCUCCCUGCCCGCACGGCGUGGGAUCUCCCAGCAGCACCAGCAGCAGCAGCAGGCCAAGAGCUCGGCCACGGUGGGGAGGAACCUCAACAGGUUCUCCACCUUCGUCAAGUCCGGAGGCGAGGCCUUCCUGCUCGGGGAGGCCUCUGCUUUUGUGAAGGAUGGGGACAGGAUCUGUGUGGUGAUGGGGGAGAACGGGCCCGAGUGGCAGGAGGAUCCGUACCCCUUCACGUGCACCAUCGACGACCCCACCAGGCAGACCAAGUUUAAAGGCAUGAAGAGCUACAUGUCUUACGGCCUGACCCCAACGCACACCAAUGUACGAGUCAACCGCAGGUACAAACACUUCGACUGGCUCUACGCUCGACUCGUGGAGCGUUUUCCCGUCAUCUCCGUGCCCCGCCUGCCAGAGAAGCAGGCCACCGGGCGCUUCGAGGAGGACUUCAUCUCCAAGAGGAGGAAGGGUCUGAUCUGGUGGAUGAACCACAUGAGCAGCCACCCUGUGCUGGCGCGCUGCGACGUUUUCCAGCAUUUCCUGACGUGCGGGGCGGACGAGAAAGCCUGGAAACAAGGCAAGAGGAAGGCGGAGAGGGACGACCUGGUCGGGGCCAACUUCUUCCUCACUAUCAGCCCGCCUGCCGUUCCUCUGGACCUCCAGGAAGUCGAGAGCAAAGUCGAAGGCUUCAAGACUUUCACCAAGAGGAUGGACGAGAACAUUGUCGUCGUCAACACCACCAUCAACGAAUUCGCACGCAAACAAAUUACAGGUUUCAAAAAGGAGUACCAGAAGGUGGGACAGUCCUUCAAACUCCUGGCGCAAGCGUUCGAGCUGGACCAGCAGGCCUACUCAACCGGCCUGAACAAGGCCAUCUCUUACACUGGCGAGACCUACGAGGCGAUAGGAGAGUAUUUCGCUGAGCAGCCGCGCCAGGAUCUGGAUCCCAUUUCGGACCUGCUGGACCUGUACAGAGGACACCUGGACAAUUUUCCGGACAUCAUCCAUGUACAAAAAGGUGCACUCACCAAGGUGAAAGACUGUCCGAAGCAGGAAGGUGACCUCCACGACCGCUGCAACAUCAUUUCCUGUGCCACGCUGGCAGAGAUCCAACACUUCCACCGCACACGUGUACGGGACUUCCGCUCGCAGAUGCAGCAUCACCUCCGCCAGCAGAUCAGCUUCUUCCAGAAGAUCACGACCAAGCUGGAGGACACGCUGCAGAGAUACGACGAUGACCAGUAAGGAUGAGAGGGUGAGGUUGGACCACGAAGGCUGGGGAUUCCUGAAGAGGGAAGCAGAGAGGGUUGAUUGAUGUGCUCGUUCUCUAGUAAUGGCGAACACCUGUAAGAGAGAACACCUUGGAGACUUGUGAAGUCAUGGAUCCUGGGUUCUCCACUCUAUUCAAAAAAUAUAGGCCACUGGGCUGUGGAAUGACAACUUGUAUUAUCUGGACAGCUCUGAUGAAUGUACCAGUAACUUUGGGACUUUGCUGACGCUGCAUGCACAUCUGGCAACUCAGCGGGACUGCGGAGAUAUUAAAAACAGCUGCUUUUAAUAUGCCUGGGCUGCCUCUGGAUUCCCGGGUUCUGAGGGUCAUGUGAUCUCUGCAGGUCUCCACUGCCUCACGAUUUCACUCAAACUCCCCAAAUAGCGUGAAAUGGAUCUUAUAAUGAGUAAAAUACUGGACUCGAUGAAUUUAUCUGUAUCUCUAUGUGUGUUUUUACUUGAAUUACCUGCUCAGUAUUGUUUUGAUGGGACAAGUUUUUUGUUUUUUGAAUAUGAACAGAGAAAAAGUGGGCAGAUUCCAAUCUGUUGAUUCACUUCAGUGGUCGGAUUUUCAUCACAGCUUGCUAUUUGAGCAACUUGCAAUGCCUUCAUCUCACACACAACAACUCAGACACUGUCACAUCUUUACCACACCACAACUUUGUGUCUUUGUGCCUUGAAUGACCUAAAACAACUGAGUUCAGGCCGGUUUUAUUUUUCUGCUUGUUUUGAGAAGCAGCUCUGCAGUUAUUGUUUGUUCUUUGGGAUGUUGAACUUAAACCAUCUGUGUCUCUGUUUUCUCUCAGUCCCAGGAGGUCAGAGGUCAGGCUCAGGGCACAGAUACUUCGGUGCUUUCCGACUUGGAAUUAUUGAAGUUACUGUGUGUUGGCUUUUUAUGUGAUUCUUGUCCAUUUGAAACUCUUCUGGGGACAAUUUCUAACAAAGCAUUUGACAAUCAUGGUGUCUUAUUGCUUUCAGCCCAUUUACGUCAGUGUCACUGAGGUGGAUCAGCCACAGAAAUUGCUCUGUAGUUGACCACAACCUCUAAACUCCCAUUUGGGGGCGAUAAGUUAGAAUUAUUUUUGUGUACUUCAUAACAUUCCCUUAAAGCAACGAGCAACAAUGGUCUGUUUUGAGAUUUAAAGGAUACAAACACCACUGUUGAGUUUUUCAAUAACUUCUGAAUAAUGUCAAUAUAAGAUACAUUUAUCUGAUGUCUAUAUUAGAAAUGGAAACAAUUGAGCAAUGACAGAUGUGAUGACAAGAGAAGAUCUUGUGACGUGUUCACAUUUUGAUUUCCUGACCAAUGAGCACUUACGUUAUCACAUGAGAACCCAGUACUCAUGGGUCUGACCGCACCCAUUUUCAAACUUGGCCUCUGUUUCAAUCUCAACUGAACACCUGCAAAGUUUCGUAACUGUGUCAUGUGCAUUUAGAAAACAACAUUGACGUUAUUGGGGUGAUAAAAUCUGUCCAGAGGCCGAAGGACGUAUAAACGCCUGCCAAAUUACUCACAACCACCUCUAGUUGUUCCUGCUACACUGCGUGUAUUCAGGACCAGGUUUCACUAUGACACACACACACUGUUGCAGCUGGUAAUAACCUGAAUGCAUCACAGUACUUUACACUGUAUGUGUUACAAUGUCAGUUUUCCGCUCACAUAGUAAAUCCAGUCGAUGUUUCAGUUUCAGGUGUGACUUUGACGUUUCUCUCCGGGUUUCGAACAGGGUGAACCACCAGCCUUCAUUUUUUUCCAGAAACAUAUAAUUUACUUUGAAUGAAAAUGUUUGUAAACACACUUUUAAUGUAUCAUGGUGGGGCAACAUUUCCGUAUAUACGUGAAAUACAGUGAAUACAUGUAGAAUGUGUUUCUGUCAUUUACUGUUUUCCUGAAAUAUAACUUAUAGUUUCACUUGACCUGUUUUGUGUCUUCUUUUUUUUUUGAUCAAUGGUAAUAUUUUGUUAAUAUUGCAUUAUACAUUCUAGUCACGUGUAAAUGCCGUAAAUAUUCAGAUGAAGUUGUUUCGUAAGUAAGAGGAAUCUUCAAUUUCAUUUCAUAAAAUCACUUUCACUAUGGAAUGUGCCAUUUCUCCAUCUGAAUAUGACACAGUUUGACAUAUUUUAUUUCUGGCAAUUCUGUUCUGUGUUGUCAAAUGCAAUUUUUUUCCCCAGAGAACAGCGAGUUAUCAUCUGUUUUUCGUGCGGAGGCAGCAGCAGCUCUGAUACCUGACACCAGAGUUCACAGACUGCAGGUCAGGUUACCUCAGCCGCAGGGCCUCCAUUAUUUAGA